UCAGGAUUGCCUAGGCACACCCACAGGACACUACCUAAUUUUGAUUGUGUUGUGACAAAAUAAAACUCCGUACACUACAAGACCUUCCUUGCAAGUUUCCUUCGCACUCAAGCCCCACUUACUGUCUUCUUCUUCUCUCUAGGGUUUAAUUCGGCUACUAGGGCUGAGCAAGAUGGUGGCGGAUCGUGGCAAGAAGUCUAAGGUCGCCGAUGCCGCCCAAGAUGAUGAGUCCAAUCCCAUUGACCAGGACCUUGUUCUCUCCGUUGAAAGGCUUCAAGAGGUUCAAGACGAGCUCGAGAAGGUGAAUGAACAAGCCAGUGAUGAUGUAUUGGAAGUUGAACAGAAGUACAAUGAGAUAAGAAGGCCUGUUUAUGAUAAACGGAAUGAAGUAAUCAAAUCCAUUCCUGACUUCUGGUUGAUUGCUUUUAUGAGUCAUCCUGCUCUCAGUGAUCUUCUGUGUGAUGAAGACCAAAAGGUCUUCAAGUACUUUGAUUCUCUAUAUGUGGAAGAUUUCAAAGAUUUGGCCUCUGGUUACUCUAUCACUUUUACCUUUAAGAAGAACCCUUAUUUCGAAGAUACAAAGCUUGUUAAGACUUUUACCUUCCAUGAGGAAGGAACACGUAUAACGGGUACGGAGAUUAAAUGGAAGGAAGGCAUGGGAGUUCCUAAUGGGUGUGAUCAAGAAAAGAAAGGAAACAAACGUCCGCCACCUGAAGAGAGCUUUUUUAGUUGGUUCUCGGAAACACAACCUAAAGAUAUCGCCGAGGGGUUAAGCGAUGAGGUUGCAGAGAUCAUUAAGGAAGACCUUUGGCCCAAUCCCUUGAAAUAUUUUAACAAUGAAGCUGAUGAGGAAGAUAGCGACGGAGAUGAGGAUGAUGAAGAUGGAAAAGAUGAAGAUGAGGAAGACGUAGAAGAGGAAGAGGAAUGAGAUGAAUCACCAUCAUCUUCUGCUGGUACUUGUGGUGUUACCAUUUGCUUCUGAGAUUUCAAUGUUGAAAGUGCGACUAUUAGUGUUGUCAUUGCAGACUCGAUAGAACUCUUAACAUUAUUAGUAGAGCUAGGGCGGUUAUUCUGAAUGUUAGAGUGGGUGCUCUCUAGGUGUUGAUCCUACUCAUUUAUUUGUGUUCACUGAGUUGUGGUGAUUUUAAUAUUUUACCCCUAAAAUUUUAUUAUAUUUCAGUAAAGAAAGCAUACUUUACAAUGUUCAAUAUUAUCAUUUCAGUCAUCGACUGUCUAUCUAACUUCUGAUAAUGAAC